AUGGAUCCCGAGCCAUUUGUGCGGCUCUCAGUCGGGCAGCUCGGUCUGAAGCUCCCCGGCGGGAACGCCAGCAAGGCAGCCGGCCGGCUAUGCGACUGCGAGAUUCGGCUGGGCGGAUUCCCGGUGCAGACCGCUCCUGUGCCGCUGAUCCACUCCCCGGCGUUCAACCUCGACCCGUUCACCAACGCUGCGGUCUUCUCCCUCGACGAGUCCGACCUCAGGGCGCUGGCGGUGCCGGGGUGCUUCCGGGCCCCGCGGACGUCGUGCCUCGAGGUAGCGGUGUACUACCUGGCCCGCUUCGGCGCUUCUUCUCGCUGCGUCGUCGUCGCCGCCUGCAAGAGGAAGCGGCUGGUCGGCGUGUUCAGGGUGGAGCUCGCGUCGUCGGAGUGGCGGGACGGCAAGCCCGUGCUGCUGCACCAUGGGUGGACGGGCAUCGGCAAGGGGGAGCCCAGGCCGGAGCUCCACCUCAGGGUGAAGCUGGAGGCCGACCCCCGCUACAUCUUCCAGUUUGACGACGACAUCGCGCUCAACCCGCAGGUGGUCCAGCUCCAUGGCAGCAUCCGGCAGCCCGUGUUCAGCUGCAAGUUCAUCCGCGACAGGCGGCCGUCUCAGAGUGACUCGUUGGGCGGCGGGCAGUACUGGUCGAGCUCCAGCAGCGAGGAGAAGGACAUGGAGAUGGUGAGGCGGGAGAGGAAGGGCUGGAAGGUGGCGAUCCACGACCUGUCCGGCUCGGCUGUCGCCGCGGCGUUCAUGGCCACCCCGUUCGUGCCGGCGCCGGGCGGGGACACGGUGGCGCGGUCCAACCCGGGCGCCUGGCUCAUCGUGCGCGCCGACACCACGGGGUCCUCGGACAGCUGGCAGCCGUGGGGCCGGCUGGAGGCGUGGCGCGACGCUGCGGCGGCGGCGGCGAGCAGCGGCAAGGACACGGUGCGCCUGCGGCUGCACCUGCUGCCGGACCGCCACGACGACUGCGUGCUCGUGUCGGAGGCGCCCCUGAGCAGCGACAAGGGCGGGGAGUUCUUCAUCGACAUGGACAGGCAGGCGCCCUCCGCCACGGCCGCGGAGCACUGCGCGGCGAGCCUGGGCGCCGCGUGCGCCGGCGGAGGGUUCGUCAUGAGCUGCAGGGUGGAAGGGGAGGCGAGGAGCAGCAGGCCGUUCGUGCAACUCGCCAUGCGCCACGUCACGUGCAUCGAGGACGCCGCCAUGUUCGUCGCGCUCGCCGCGGCCGUCGACCUCAGCGUCAAGGCGUGCCGCCCGUUCCGGAGGAAGCCGAACAAGAAGUCUGGCUCGCCGUCGCCCGACCUUCUCGAGCUCGACACGUAG